AUGGUCUAUCCCCGACUAUUUAUCUUUGCCAUCCUCAUCGGCUGCGCGGCAUCCGCCAGCUACGGCUAUGCCCUCGCUGCCGGCCGCCAAUCUCUUCCUUACAGAUCACGAGCACUGGUCGCUCGCCAAGCCGAUUUUACCGCCGACAGCAGCUCCCAGCAAGUCGAAUCAUCCGGCAUCGACUUCCACCCCGCCGGUUUCCCCGCCACCCACCCCAAGUCAUCAGACAUCUCCUUCGAGAAAUCGUUCAGCCCACUCACCAAAGAAAGCGAACAGCCCGCUCUUCCUGAUAUCUUUGACAAGCCGAACUUCCUGAAGCCGCUGAAGACCAAGCCGGUUUGCCCGUUCCUCAACCCGUGGCUGGACGCUGUGGCUCACCCUGACAGCGAUCCUGAGUGCGGACAUGGGAUGCCUGGAUGGAGGGCUCACCCCAGCUGCCGUUGCCAUUUCCUUGUCAAGGACCGUGAUGAGUUUGGUUGCGCACUGAAGUUCUUCACACGUUGCAUGCUGAACAACUUUGCUGUUGUCGACACGGAGGACCAGCCGCGGGAAGCGCCAACCACCACCACAACUACCACAACUGAGGAGCCAACCACGCGCCAAGUCUUUUCGACCGUCCAAUUCCGACCCACCACUAAGCCCCGUAUUGUCAUUACCCCGAAGCAGACGUUCAAGCCGGUGCACGUCACCACCACCAGGAGGCCUGUGACUACUACUACCAGGAGGACGACUACCCACCGUCCGGCCACCGCUCAGGAGCAGUUCGAGGAGGAGUUCACCGAUAGUGAGGAUGAUGAGGAGCAGCAGACUGGCCCUGGCUUCGACUACAUCAUGGGCACCCGAAUUAUUCCUGAUGAAAAGAAUGACCAAGGAAAUGGAGAGGUCUCCCUACCCCAGGAAUUCGGACAAAAGGAAUCUGAAGAAGAACCCCAAUUCCUGGUUGGCCGCAGAAUCCGCCUCCGCCGCGCC